AGAACCAUGUGAAACCCUGUUCUAGUCUGUCCCACACUUGAAGACCACAAGCUUCAAUGAUUUUUGAGAGAAGCUUCAACUCAUUCGUUGAUCUUUCUAUAUAUACACAUCACCUAGCCCAUUCUUACAAUCAUCAACCAACAAACAAGCAAUCCAAUAAAUUGUAUCUUGUCAUACACCUCUUCAAAAGAAUUCAAACUCUCAGUCAAAAUCAUAGAAAUGGCUUUCGUGAGAAGUCUAUUGGGUGCAAAGAAGAUUCUUGGUCGCUCCGCAGCAAGCAAAAGUGCAACCUCGGCGGCACCAAAAGGGUUUCUUGCUGUGUACGUAGGAGAGAGUCAGAAGAAGAGAUAUGUGGUGCCAGUCUCAUACUUGAGCCAGCCUUCAUUUCAAGCUCUUCUCAGCAAAUCUGAAGAAGAGUUUGGGUUCAAUCAUCCAAUGGGUGGCUUAACGAUCCCUUGUCCUGAAGAUACAUUCAUCGAUGUGACAUCUGGGCUCCAAUAAUGAUUAUCCAACAUAUUGUUCUUCCAGUUAGAGAUAUACUUGUUCCUUGUAAAUAGAGAUUUUUUAUUUCUCUUUCUUCUUGAAAGAGUUGUUCUAAAAGUUUUGAAUGUAAAUACCAUUUUUUCAGUUA